AUGGCUACCACUCCCUAUAUUCCCUUUCGUUUGGAUGGAAAGGUGGCGCUAGUUACCGGCUCUGGCCGUGGAAUUGGCGCUGCAAUAGCUAUUGAACUUGGCCGUAACGGAGCGAAAGUGGUUGUGAAUUAUGCCAAUGCCCAAGAUUCGGCCGAGAAAGUGGUGGCUGAAAUCAAGAGUCAAGGCUCAGAUGCAGUUGCAUUCAAGGCCGAUAUCAGACAGGUCCCACAGAUCACUAAGUUGAUGGACGAUGCCGUGAAACACUUUGGUGGCCUUGACAUUGUGUGCAGCAACUCUGGAGUCGUUAGCUUCGGGCACUUGGGUGAUGUGACAGAGGAGGAAUUUGAUCGCGUCUUCAGUUUGAAUACCCGCGGCCAAUUUUUUGUUGCCCGCGAGGCAUAUCGACACCUCAACGAGGGCGGCCGCAUUAUCCUCAUGUCCUCUAAUACAUCCAAAGACUUCAGCGUGCCGAAGCACUCCUUGUACUCUGGGUCUAAGGGUGCUAUCGACUCCUUUGUGCGAGUGAUGUCUAAGGACUGCGGGAGCAAGAAGAUUACAGUCAACGCAGUGGCUCCAGGUGGUACGGUCACGGACAUGUUUCAUGCCGUAGCGCACCAUUAUAUCCCGAAUGGCGAGAAAUAUAGCGUGGAAGAAUUGCAACAGAUGGCUGCACAUGCCUCCCCCUUGACGAGGAAUGGGUAUCCUGUCGAUAUUGCACGAGUCGUGAGCUUUUUGGCCAGCAAGGAAGGCGAGUGGAUCAAUGGAAAGAUCAUCACACUCGAUGGAGGUGCGGCUUAA